ACCGCCACCAGGUUAUGGACGCCCACCAAUCAGCAAUGAAGAAGGGGGGAAUCCUUACUUUGGAUAUUUUGGAUAUCAUGGCUUUGGGGGUCGCCCUCCUUAUUAUUCAGAAGAAAUGUUUGAACAAGAUUUUGAAAAACCCAAAGAAGAAGAUCCUCCUAAAGCAGAAAGUCCAGGCACAGAACCCACAGCUAAUUCAACAACAAAUUCUACCCAACCGAACCCUAGAGGGAGUCAGGGCGGAAAUGAUACUAGCCCCACAGUGAACAGUACUCCAGGGCCAAACACUGGGAACAACCCCCCAGGUCAAAAUGGGAUCGGCCCAGUCCCUGCAGUCAAUGCUUCAGGCCAGAGAGGGCCAGGAAGUCAAAUCCCAUGGAGACCAAGUCAACCAAAUAUUCGUGUAAAUCAUCCAAAUCCUAAUAUAAGAAGUUUUCCUUCAGGAAGACAGUGGUAUCCCACUACCAUGGGGCACAGACAGAAUGGACCUUUUUACAGAAAUAGACAAGUUCAAAGGGGUCUUCGGUGGAACUCAUUUCCUUGGGAAGGUAAACAAGUAGCUCGUCCAAGAAAUCCAGUUUAUCACAUAGCUUACCCUUCUACUUCAAGAGGCAAUUAUCCCAAUUAUGCAGGAAAUCCAGCAAAUCUUAGAAGAAAGCCUCAGGGGCCAAAUAAACACCCUGUGAGAACUAAUGUUGCCCCACUGGGUCCCAAACAUGACCCUGUUGUUCAAAAUGAAAAAAUUCAAAAUCCAAGGGAAAAGCCACUAAGUCCAAAAGAACAAAUAAUUGUUCCUACAAAGACUCCAACCAGCCCCUGGAGAAACUCUCAACAGUAUGAAGUUAAUAAAUCAAAUUAUAAACUGCCUCACUCUGAAGGUUACACGCCAGUCCCAAAUUUUAAUUCUGUUGAUCAACAUGAAAACUCCUAUUACCCAAGAGGAGAUUCCAGAAAAGUCCCAAAUUCUGAUGGACAAACCCAAAGCCAGAAUUUGCCCAAAGGGAUAGUUUUAGGGCCAAGAAGAAUCCCAUAUGAAUCAGAAACUAAUCAGCCCAAAUUAAAGCACAGCUCAUAUCAGCCUGUAUACCUUGAGGAAAAGCCUGUAUACCCUGAGGAAAUCCCUUCUUCUGCAAAAGAAGAUUUUCCUGCUAGAAGAAAUUCUUGGAACCACCAAGAAAUCUCUCCACCUUUUAAGGAAGAUCCUGGGAGGCAAGAAGAACAUUUACCUCAUUCUUCCCAUGGUUCUAGAGGAAGUGUUUUCUACCCUGAAUAUAACCCCUAUGAUCCCAGGGAAAACUCACCAUAUCGUAGAAGCAAUACAUGGGAUGAGAGAGAGGAUUCUCCAAAUACUAUGGGGGAAAAAGAAAGUCCGCUGUACCCCAUAAAUACCCCAGACCAGAAAGAGACAGUCCCUUAUAAUGAAGAGGACCCAAUUGAUCCAACUGGAGAUGAAUAUUUUCCUGGACAAUAUAGAUGGGGUGAAGAGUUAAGCUUCAAAGGAAGCCCAACAGUUAGGCACUAUGAAGGUGAACAAUAUACCUCAAAUCAGCCAAAGGAAUAUCUUCCCUAUUCUUUAGAUAAUCCAUCAAAACCAAAGGAGGACUUUUAUUAUAGUGAAUUCUACCCAUGGAGCCUGGAUGAAAAUAUUCCAUCAUAUAAUACAGCUCCUACUAUGUCACCACCUAUAGAGAGCAGGGGCUACUAUCUUAAUAAUGCCAUUGGACCAGAAGAAAGCACUCUGUUUCCUUCAUGGAACUCCUGGGACCACAGGAUACAAGCCCAAGGGCAGAAAGAAAUAAGGCCGUAUUUUAACAGAAAUACCUGGGAUCAGGCAACACAUUUACAAAAAGCCCCAGCUAGGCCACCAGACCAAAAAGGUAAUCAGCCCUAUUCCAGUAACACCCCAGCUGGGCUUCAGAAAAAUCCAAUAUGGCAUGAAGGCGAGAAUUUGAACUACGGCAUGCAAAUAACUAGGAUAAAUUCUCCAGAGAGAGAACAUUCAUCUUUCCGUGACUUUAUCCCACAAAGUUACCCAUCAGGUCAAAAAGAAGCACAUUUAUUUCACCUAAGCCAGAGAGGCUCCUGCUGUGCUGGGAGCUCCACAGGGCCCAAGGACAAUCCACUAGCUCUACAAGACUAUACUCCAUCGUAUGGUCUUGCACCUGGGGAGAACCAAGACACCAGUCCUCUGUAUACAGAAGGUAGUCAUACCAAGCACACAAGACAUAUCGUCUCCCCAACAAACAUCCUACCAGUCCAAAGAAACAGCUCAGAGAAGAGGGAAAGCCAAAACCCGAGUCCUUUCAGAGAUGAUGUGUCCACUCUGAGGAGGAACACACCAUGUUCUAUAAAGAAUCAACUGGACCAAAAGGAAAUUAUGCCCUUUCCUGAAGCUGGUUCCCUUCAAUCAAAGAAUACGCCUUGUCUCAAAAAUGAUCUUGGAGGAGAUGGGAACAACAUUCUGGAACAAAUUUUUGAAGACAACCAGCUCAAUGAAAGAACUACUGACCUUACUCCUGAGCAACUUGUUAUUGGUACACCUGAUGAAGGCUCUGAUCCAGAAGGCAUCCAAAGUCAAAUCCAAGGAAAUGAGAGUGAGAGGCAGCAACAAAGACCAUCUAACAUCCUGCAUUUGCCAUGCUUUAGCUCCAAAUUAGCAAAGCAUCACUCUUCCAGCAUUGGAUCUCCAUCUAGCAAUGGAAGGCAAAGCCCAUUUGAUGGGGAUUCAAUUAUGCCUACUGAAAAUCCUAACACAUUGGUUGAGUUAGCUACUGGGGAACAAUUUAAGAGUAUAAAUGUAGACCCACUUGAUGCAGGGGAACACACUCCAUUUGAAUUCCUUCAAAGAGGGACCAAUGCACAGGACCAGAUACAAGACUGCUUACUACUUCAGGCCUAGGGGUUAUCUCAACCAAACAUUUUCAGGGGAAGGGAAAUAACUGACAUUUUAUACCAAUGGUUCCCAAACUUUUUUCCCCAAGACUCAAUUAAGUAUCUAUCCUGGUAAUCCUGAAGUUUUUUUCCCCUCUCAGCAAUAUGAGUAGUGACCCAGGUGGAGCUGAGAUUAGGCCUCUGGGCGUCACCAGAUCUAGCACUUUCACGAAUUAGUGCAGACCAUCCCUGCCUAGAAACUUGGAAGCCACUUGUCUGAGUUAGUUUCUUUUUGCUUCCUGACUUCUCCUUUUGCUCUCAAAGUUCCAUACUUGCAAAACUGGUUUUGCAAGACUGAAAGGCAGAUUAACUUUCCAUUUUACAUAUGGAGAUCCACACAUCAGUAUAGUCCUGAUGCACUGUACAUGAUUAACUUGUGUUGAUCUUGACAGGGUUUUUUUCCUACUCAAUAUUCUCUUCAAGCAUUUUUUUCUUCCACUGCCACUGCCACUCUCUUUACCUUUAUCAUUUCCUUUGCUUAGCUUUCUUCCUUCUUUUCUCUCUCCCUCAACCAUUCUGUAUUUAGCUAUUCCUCAUCUUUUGCUCUCUAUGUAUCACUUACUACAUGUUAAACUAGAUAUUUUAACCAUCAGUAGUCUUUUUUGUUUGUUUGUUUUGAGACAGGGUCUCGCUUUGUCGCCAGGCUUGAGUGCAGUGGUGCGAUCUCAGCUCACUGCACCCUCCACCUUCCAGGUUCAAGCGAUUCUCCUGCCUCAGCCUCCUGAGUAGCUGAGACUACAGGCACAUGCCACUACACUCAGCUAAUUUUUUGUAUUUUAAGUAGAGACAGGGUUUCACCAUGUUGGCCAGGAUGGUCUCGAUCUCUUGACCUCGUGAUCCACCCGCCUCGGCCUCCCAAAGUGCUGGGAUUCCAGGUGUGAGCCACUGCACCAGUCUACUAGUCCUUUCUUUAUGUCUACCUCCUCCAUUAUGUCUUCCUCUCUUCCCACCUAUCUGUUUUAUCCUCCAGUGUACCAUUUGUCAACUAAUCCCUCUCCCCUCUGACUCCUUUCUUCCCUUCAAUUUAUCUUUUUCCCUGCUACACCAUUUUCAUCUUAAGAUUGUAUGUCAUUCUCUUCCUUUUUUAUCUACUCUUUAAAUCCUGCCCUAAUUUUUUCUUGACCCAGCUUAACCAUCAUUAUAGAAUAUAUUUUGGAAAUGGUAGACACUGAUAGCUACUUUGCUUUUAGUUAUCUUAGGGUCUCUACCAAGUAGACACAGUUCAGUUAGAGAGAUGUAUUUAAGGAGAUAGGAAGGCAGCAUACCCAGAACUAGCAGUCUAGGAAAAAGGCUUAGAAAGAUGGAGAAUGAGGAACUGAAGAAACUGCUGCUCUGAGACUGCACAUCCAGGAAAAAAGAUUAGGACUUGCCACACACUGCCAAUUCAUAACCCGCAGGAUCUCUUGAAGACAUUUUGGGAAACACUGUCUUAAACAAAUAAAAACUCAAUGUUUAGUUGUUGUUGUUGUUUUUUCACUAGUUCAGCAUAAGCUAUUCUACCAGUAUGUGCUACUACUAACAUUCUUCAUGUCCAUGCAGAAUUAUUCACAGAUCAACUUUCUUGGUAUCUUGAAUAAAUUGUGUAAAUUAUUUUGUAAAGUAGAUAUUUCUAUAUGCCUCGCUUAUGAUACAUCUGGGAUUAAUUAAUAGCAUAUUAUUAUUAUUAUUAAUA